GCCAACACUGUCGGCUUUCUUCCUCUUCCUGCGUGGCAACACGAGAUUUAGUAGAUUUUGUGUGCAUUUAUCAUAAUUUCAUUACCGGCCAACUGCGAAUUGAUAGUGGUAAGAUGAGUACCGAACUCACGGAACGUAUUCUUCAGCAUCUUGAUAACACCGACAAGGUGGACACUCUGGACCUGGCCUCUCUCUUCGACAUCGAUCACCAGAAAAUUGUCGGUGCACUGAAAAGCAUCCAGGCGCAUGGUGACCUGGUCAAUGCCACGACAGUCACACACAAGUCCCUGGAGCUCACCGAAGAGGGUCGUCAUGUGGCCCUAUGUGGCAGCCAUGAGGCUGUCAUAUUUGCAAAUGUUCCAGAGGGUGGAAUCGAGCAGCGUGUGCUCCUACUAGUCAAUGGCAACCCCAAUGCCAAGGUUGGCUUCAGCAAGGCCAUGGCCCACGGCUGGAUACUGGUGGACAAGAGCGAGAAGCCGCCGUUGGUCAAGCGCAAGGUGGAAAAGAUUGUGGAUACCGUCAAGGAGUUGCUGAAUCAGGUGGCACAAGGAAAGACCGACCUGCCGGCCAAUGAGGUGGCCGACUUCAAGAAGCGCAAGCUGCUGCAGGAGACCACCAUCAAGAGCUUUGUCCUGACCAAGGGGCCAGAAUUCGCGACCACGCUCACCAAACUGGAGACUGAUCUUACCGUAGAGAUGCUCACGAACGGCCUGUGGCAGCAGCUAAAGUUCAAGUCGUACAACUUUGAUGCCUUGGGGGCACCGCCGACCCGUGGCCAUCUUCAUCCGCUGCUGAAGGUGCGUACCGAGUUCCGACAGAUAUUCCUGGAGAUGGGCUUCUCCGAAAUGCCCACCAACAACUAUGUGGAGUCUUCGUUCUGGAACUUUGACGCCCUGUUCCAGCCGCAGCAGCAUCCGGCUCGCGAUGCCCACGACACCUUCUUCAUCAACCAUCCGGCCAGGAGCCACAAGUUCCCCCAGGAAUACUUGGAACGCGUGAAGAGCGUCCACUCCAAGGGCGGCUACGGCUCCAUUGGCUAUGGCUAUGACUGGAAGCUGGAGGAUGCACAAAAGAACCUUCUGCGCACCCACACAACGGCCGUAAGUGCUCGCAUGCUGUUCAAGCUAGCCAACCAGGAGGGUGGCUUUAAGCCGGCCAAAUAUUUCAGCAUCGACAAGGUGUUCCGCAACGAAACCCUGGACGCCACCCACUUGGCCGAGUUCCAUCAGGUUGAGGGCGUCAUCGCUGAUGUGGGCCUCACGUUGGGCGAUUUGAUUGGUACGCUGUACGAGUUCUUCCGCAAGUUGGGCAUCACUCAACUGGAGUUCAAGCCGGCCUACAAUCCUUAUACCGAGCCGAGCAUGGAGAUUUUCUGCUACCAUCCGGGUCUGGCCAAAUGGAUCGAAGUGGGCAACUCGGGCGUCUUCAGGCCGGAGAUGCUGCUGCCCAUGGGUCUGCCGGAGAAUGUUAAUGUGAUUGCCUGGGGCCUGUCGCUGGAACGACCCACCAUGAUCAAGUAUGGCAUUAACAAUAUUCGCGAUUUGGUUGGACCCAAGGUCGACCUAAAGAUGGUGGAGGAGGGACCUAUUUGCCGGUUGGAUGUUACAUAGAAUUUAAACAAGAAAAAACUGCGAUCAAAUUGCAUUUUAUUCACAAAUGUUCCAGAAAUAUACAUAUUUAUACGAAAAA